CCGCGAUAUAUUAUCUCGUGACCGAUUGCAAGAUGGCGACGAAGCCAAUCGUUCUUCGCUUGUUCCAUUUCCUCUUCGUUUCAGCAGUUACAGGCUUAUUAAGGAACGGGGAGGAUAGCUUCAUCAUUAGAGAACCAGGCAAGAAUUCAGAUGUAUCCAAGUUUAUCAUUGCCCACACCCCAAACUAUGUGACAUUCCUACCAAACGCUGGAGCAAUUCCCUCGAAUGAAAUUUCCGAUGUUAUGGCACUCGCCAUGGGAUUUUCUUCUACUAAGGAAUUGAGCUGGGGUGGUUUGCUAGCAGGAGAUGUGUUCCGACGACCCAAAGCUAAUGUGCUGAUUACGGUUGAUGGCGUUACAAAAGAUGACAAUUUUGACCUACCAGGAAGGGCUGCGUCAUAUCCCGUAGCAGAGUUUGAGGGUGUUGUGAGUUUGGCUGGAAUUCUGUCCACGUCAAGAGCCACACACGAAAAUCUUCCGACGCGCGUGGCCAAUGUGUUCGGUGGCAAGUCACUUACAGUUUCCAUGUCUGGAAGUGAAGUGUUGGCGGCUGCUGGUCAUACAAUAGGCACAAAUAGUUACACUUCGUUUUGGAAUCAGGCCGAGAACAAGUUUGAACAGGCCGAAGAAAACACCGUGCAAGGUCUGGGAGACUUGAUAGUCACCAAAGACGAGAUAAUAAAAAGACUGGAGAAGGCUGACUUUGGUAAAGGUGUAAAGUUUGCUCCAAGCACCAAGGAAUUUACUGUGUCAGUGCCUUUGAAAGGAAAUGCUGUCUUCAACAUGGAAAAGAAGGAAGAUUUUCUACUCUUCGCUGAGGUCGAUGCCAUCCUUCAAAUAAUAGAGAAGCUGAGCUCUGAUCCUAGCCUUGUGCAAGAUGGCGUUCCAGAUGUGUUCACUUUGGGUCUCUCUUCUGUUAAGGGACUUCGCCGUCGCUAUGGUGACCAAUCCUUACAGGCAGAAGGAGCUAUUCAAUUUUUGAAGGACUUGAUUCCCCAGAUUGUGAAGAAGUUCUCUGAUUUAUACAACGGAAACGUUCUGGUGGAAGUUUUGUCGUUGCAGUGGCUUGGUGAUCUUCACACCAGAUACCCACGAGAGGUGCACGCCGUCUAUCAAGAAGUUGAACCUCACCUGUUAUCACAGUCAAGGGACCUUUUCCAUGACCAGCUUCCCUCUGUUACGCUCAGGCAUGAUCUGGAGGAACAAGCGAAACAGUCGUUGUGUGAGUCAUUGCAUAAUAAACUUCUUUCGGUACAGUCUGCACUCAAGGUAUAUUGUAAUAGAAAGCCCAGAAUCCGGCGUGCAGUGGACAGUGAUCCACAAUACCAGGCUGGUUCCGACACUGAUUUGGGCAAAGUAAACUUGGCCACCGAAUACUCCGAGGACUAUCCCAUAAUAUUCAACAUCUCGUUGUGGCUGCUUGUAGUUCUAGUCAUCUCCUUAUAUGUAAUAUGCCUAGUGAUGUGGUACAUGGAUCCGGGACGUGAUAGUAUUAUUUAUCGCAUGACCAGUCAGAGAAUUAAGAUGGAGUGACUCGGUGCUCAAAGUGGAGAAACUCUUGGCAACAACAGAAUUAAAACUGAUUGACACACAUUUUGAGGUUAAACAAACUGAGUAGUUGAGUAUCUUAUGCAGCAGUGAUGGAGAUGUCAAGUAUUUUCUUCUUCUACCGAAUGGUAAUUGUUUCCAAAGUACGAUCAUUGCGAUGAUUUUUGUUUCAAGGUUCAGGUUGAUUCAUUGGGAGACGAGAUUACAUUUUUUUGUUUGUUUGUUUGCAGUUACUCUGGUUUUUAUUUUGAUAAUAUUUUAGAGGUGAUGAAAUUAAAUGUCUUUCAAUUA